UGAAUCGCCGAAGCGGAGGGAGGACGGGGCGCGGCGCUACCAUUAGCGUAAAGGGACGGGGGGUGCAGAUAAGGAGAGUGGGAGCGUUCCCGGGGCAGACAAGUACGAGGAAGCUCUACCGAGGCUGGGCUCCCCCCCACCCAGGCCGAAACGAGACUUCUGUGGGCCGGAAUUCCUCCUUGAGGCCAGGCCAGCCGACUGUCCGCCCGGCCCUGGAGCAUCCCCCCUGCCCGCAUUCCCGAGGUGGUUCCGCCCGAGAGGCCGGCGUCUUUCCCCCAGUGCGCCGUUCACCCGGAGCGCCCGGGACUUGCCGAUAGUGGGGACGGCGGCAACAUGUCCGUGGCGUUCGCAGCCCCGAGGCAGCGAGGCAAGGGGGAGAUCACUCCCGCUGCGAUCCAGAAGAUGUUGGAUGAAAAUAACCAUCUUAUUCAGUGUAUAAUGGACUAUCAGAAUAAAGGAAAGACCUCAGAGUGUUCUCAGUAUCAGCAGAUGUUGCAUACAAACUUGGUAUACCUUGCUACAAUAGCAGAUUCUAAUCAAAAUAUGCAGUCUCUUUUACCAGCACCACCCACACAGAAUAUGCCUAUGGGUCCUGGAGGGAUGAAUCAGAGCGGCCCUCCCCCACCUCCACGCUCUCACAACAUGCCUUCAGAUGGAAUGGUAGGUGGGGGUCCUCCUGCACCACACAUGCAGAACCAGAUGAACGGCCAGAUGCCUGGGCCUAACCAUAUGCCUAUGCAGGGACCUGGACCCAAUCAACUCAAUAUGACAAACAAUUCCAUGAAUAUGCCUUCAAGUAGCCAUGGAUCCAUGGGAGGUUACAACCAUUCCGUGCCAUCAUCACAGAGCAUGCCAGUACAGAAUCAAAUGACAAUGAGUCAGGGGCAACCAAUGGGAAACUAUGGCCCCAGACCAAAUAUGAAUAUGCAACCAAACCAAGGUCCAAUGAUGCAUCAGCAGCCUCCUUCUCAGCAAUACAAUAUGCCACAGGGAGGUGGGCAGCAUUACCAAGGACAGCAGCCACCUAUGGGAAUGAUGGGACAAGUUAACCAGGGCAAUCAUAUGAUGGGUCAGAGACAGAUUCCUCCCUAUAGACCACCUCAGCAGGGCCCACCACAGCAGUACUCAGGCCAGGAAGACUAUUAUGGGGACCAAUACAGUCAUGGUGGACAAGGUCCUCCAGAAGGCAUGAACCAGCAAUAUUACCCUGAUGGUCAUAAUGAUUACGGUUAUCAGCAACCGUCGUAUCCUGAACAAGGCUACGAUAGGCCUUAUGAGGAUUCCUCACAACAUUACUACGAAGGAGGAAAUUCACAAUACGGCCAACAGCAAGAUGCUUACCAAGGACCACCUCCACAACAGGGAUAUCCACCCCAGCAACAGCAGUACCCAGGGCAGCAAGGUUACCCGGGACAGCAACAGGGCUAUGGUCCUUCACAGGGUGGUCCAGGUCCUCAAUAUCCUAACUACCCGCAGGGACAAGGUCAGCAGUAUGGGGGGUAUAGACCAACACAGCCUGGACCACCACAGCCACCCCAGCAGAGGCCUUACGGAUAUGACCAGGGACAGUAUGGAAAUUACCAGCAGUGAAAAGUACUUACAUUCCAAUAGCCAAUAUCUAUUAGCAGCCAUAUUGUCACCUCAGCACUGUGGACACCUCCCUGUGAAGAGAUCCUUCCAUUCCAUCUAGUUUUUGGAAAAACCUUGUGGAUAAGUGGCUGUUUCAUCAAUAAGCAGCCUUUGUGGUUUAGUUGUAAAAGGCUUUAGUAGCUCAAAAAUACUCUUGAUUUCACAUUUCUACUCUAGAUGGCAACAUUGGACAGAAAAUGCAAUGACAUAACCAAUUUGCAAUGAUUUCAGAACUGUGUUUCAAAUGGACUGUUACAGACUGAAAGGUGUGAACAGCUUUGUAUGUUUAUGAAGGUUAAGGGAAUUUAAUACUUUUCCACAGAUUUUUUUGUAAGGGGAAGAGGGAAAUGUACACUUUUUACAGCAGCAAUAUUUUGUAUAUUAUGUUUAUUUCAUGUGGUGAAUAUGCAAGGCGGUACACUGCGCACUGGACAGAAUCAGAAAUCCUCUGUUAAUGUGGACGGGAGCAUGGUAGAUGCUUGAUUGUUUUGGUCUCAAAAUGGUGUACCAUAAAGAUAAAGGUGAGAGAAGACAAAGCACACCAUAUGUCCACUGUUCUGUUCUUAUAGAGGAAAUUCAAAUCCCUUUUAUCUAUUAGAUAAUCAAGGGCACUGUGAUACAGUUUUGAGUAAAAAGACAUUUUUAAAAAGCCUUCCAGUUUUGUGGAUUAAAACCUUUUUAUAAAGAUCAUUUAUAAUACUGUUUUAAAAUGUGAGGCAAUAAGAAUUACUUUAUGUUGGAUCUGAAGAAUCUUUGGUAACGGUUUCAUAUAAAUAAAGUGGUAAUCCUCUCCUAAAAUAGCAAUAACUGAAAAUGAAAGUAUUAAUUUUACCUUGUUUGAAUAAUCAGGGAACCUAGUAAGUGAUAUCAAAGCAUUUUAUAAAUGAUAUCAAAGAAGAGUCAACAUUAAUCCAGUAAUUUUAUUUUUUAACAUUAGAAGGAUAAUUGGUUAUGUAAACAAAAUAGUUCAGGAGACUUUACAAACCUUUGUUUCAACUUUCUUAACUGGAAAUAAUGGCAUUUAUAAAGGGACGCUUUUAUGUUUAUCCCUUUUUUAUAUUGGUUAAUAUAACACACAGAGAUGUUUAGGAAAAUGCUUAUUGAUGAGGUUUAUUCUGUCUGUUAUAAAAGCACAGAGGUUGCAUUCUAGAUCACCUUGUUUAUUAGCAUAGCAUGUUUAAUCAUUAUUUGAGGUUGUCCUGUGCCUGAUUAUUUUAGCUAAAUUCAGGGAUAUUGCAUUGGGCAGGAAGGCAUGCAUUGAAAAUUUUCUAACCACAGUUAUUUAAGCAUAAUCUGAAAACAUCUAGCCCAAAGGUAAGUUACUAUUUUCAUCACAGUUGCCUAUGCCCAGGGAAUAAGAUAUAUUCUUUAUAAUUGAAUUCCUUUUUCCCACUUCUAACUGGAAACAAAACAGAAGGGGUACCAUAAAUUUGAAUAAGCAGAAUAUACUGUUCUCAACAUACUAUAAUCAAAAGGAGGAAUUUCAGUGUGUCUCUCUGUAUAUGAGAGAGAGAGUGAGUGAGUGUGUGUGUGUGUUUCAAGGUCAGAAUUGUUUUUUUUUCAACUCGGUCAGUAGAAAAUGGACAUCAAGUUUGGACAGAUAAAGCAUGGACAGCCUUAUUGUGAUUGAAAUGCUUACAGGUUCUGUGCCAAUUUUCCACCACUGUGUACUUUGUUGCUAUUUAAAACUGUAUCAGCUCUAACGGAAGAAUAAAUUAUUUGUGAUUUUAA